AUGAGAGGUUACUCAGACAUUUGGUGUGCUUUGAUAAAGAAACCUUAUCCUAAUUGUGUACAAAGAUUACAUGGAUCUCCAAAGAACAUUUUGUGUGAGAAUAUGCCAAAGCUUACUCUGGGGAUUUUAGGAUUACACAAAAUGAUGACCGUACCUGUUGAACGGCAGAAAAUUAACCGCAGUUUUUACGCACUCACAAUGCAGCCGAAGGAAGCAAGCUGUCUAAUGCAGUCAGCCCUGGCCAGUAAUCAAGAGAAUGGAAAACAUUUAGUAUCAUUCGCAUCGGACCAGACAGGCGAUAUGGAACUAGAAAGACGAAUACGACAACAAGACUCACCUUAUUUUAAAGUGUCUGCCGGAAAUACUACCCCUUGUAAUGUUCGUAGUGCUUCAAAUAAAGAUCAAACAGACCAAGAAGACAGCAAAGCCACUGAUGUCAAUGACAGCACUCACAAUAAAAAUAUUGAGCUUAAGCUUGGUCAUGAUAAAAGUCGACCUUUAAAUAUAAGCAGAGAAUUUGGUCAUUAUCGCAGGUACCUCACUAUGGCCAGCGGAAGAACGUUGAUAAUCCAAGUCCAUCCAGAUGUCACCGUGGAUGAUCUUAAAAAACAUAUCCAAGUUAGAGAGGCUGUUCCUGCCAAUACGCAACAAAUCAUAUAUGCCGGUAAACAGCUUCUUGAUGGUCAUACAAUAACACAUUACAAUGUUCAUGCAGGAUCUACGCUCCAUCUGUCACAUUACCUCCGCGGUGGUAGCACAGAAACUAUUCCUAAACUUAUUGAUUUGUAUAUUUCUUCACGCUACGAAUAUCCUCAUAUUAACGAGUUUAUCGAUUUAAACAAAUAUGUUUUAUUUAAUAUUGGAUGGGACCCUAGACCUAAUUGGCAUGCCUUGAAACAAGAGUACAAUACUUACUUUAAGUCUAGAGAGUUGGAUACGGCGGAUUCUGAAGAAGAAGACACUUCAGACUGA